ACAAAGUGGGCGAGACCAUGUCAUGCAGCAUAAUGAAAGCGGAAGAGUUGUGUACAGCGGACGCGAGCGACGCGUCAACAUAUAAUAGAACCCAUUGUAAUAUUUGAUAUUUUCUACACUGGAUGCAAUGCUGAAGACAGCUUCCAGAAUCUACACGAGUUCAAUGCUGGAUUUGCUCAAAGGCUUUUACAGAAAGAUGAAGCAGUUCCCACUUUAAAAGCAGAAGCUUCUGUUUAUUGGCUUCAAACUGCUGUGAUUUUCCCCAAAGUCUCUUGAAAAACCGGUUUCCCUUGUUUUCCCGGAGACGAGUUUCAGAGCUUUUUCUCGAGAAGUCAGUUCAGAGGAGGAACAAGAAGCCUACAAAUGUCCUAGUUUUUCACGACGUGAAUCAGUGAAGAAUGAUGGAGUCUGUUUUAUGUGAAAAUCUUCUGGAAGCUCUGGAUCAUCUAAACGCAGAAGAACUGAAGAGGUUUAAAUUUCACUUGGAGAAUUCUUACAAUGUUGAAAGUUCUGAGCUGGAGAAGGCAAAAGACAACCCUGACACAGUGCGUCUGAUGAAGAAGCGUUUUGGACCAGAAAGAGCUGUGAAGAUCACGGUGGACAUCCUGAGGAAGAUGAACCAAAACCAUCUGGCUGAACAGUUGGAGAAGAAACACAAGAAAGGAACCGAUCCCAGGACCAGGAAUGACUUCCUAAAAUAUUCCCAUCGGCUCACUCCGGAUCUGAACACAGUGAACAAAUGGAUCCGUCUGUCUGAGAGCAAAACAGUGAUUACUUACACUGACACACUCCAGUCGUAUCCUGAUCAUCCAGACAGAUUUGAUCUUCCUCAGGUGUUGUGUAGAGAGAGUGUGUGUGAUCGACGCUGUUACUGGGAGAUUGAGUGGAGUGGAGAUAUUGUGUCUAUAUCAGUGUCAUAUAAGAGCAUCAGCAGGAAGGGACGGGGUGAUGAGUGUGAGUUUGGAUAUAAUGAUCAGUCCUGGAGUUUGAGAUGCUCUACUGACAGUUACUCAUUCAGACACGAUAACAUACAGACUGAACUCCCUGUAAAGCCCAUCAUCAGUAGAAAAGGAGUGAAUGAUGAUGAUGAUGAUCACUAUAGAGUAGGAGUGUAUGUGGAUCACAGUGCAGGAACUCUGUCCUUCUACAGCGUCUCUGGAGACACAAUGAUCCUCAUCCGCACAGUCCAGACCACAUUCACGCAACCACUCUAUCCUGGGUUGGGUUUUAUAUUGCUGGAUCAUCAGUGAAACUGUUGAUGAAUCAGGACAGAGAGACUCUACCCAUAAUGCUUUGAGCUGAUGAUGAAUCAGAACAGAGACUCUACCCAGAAUGCUUUGAGCUGAUGAUGAAUCAGAGAUGUUAUAGAGUCUCUUAAUUACAACACUGAAAUAUCACGACACAAUAAAUUGAUGAAGAACAUGUGACUGUCAUCAAUCAAGUGAUGUUCCUCUAGUGUUUGUGCUCCAAUCAUAAAUCAGAUAUGAAUUGAUGAUGAAUGUGUGAAAUGUCUGAAUGCUGUAUGAAUCAUCAGCUGCGUGUGAAAUAUGAUCAUUUCCUUCAGGAGAGUUUCUGACAUCAUCAAAUAUGACAUUCAUCAUCUCACUUCAUUAAAUAUAUUUACUGUAACUACUGUUGAAUUAUUAUGGAUCAUAAAUCAGUUAUUUUAUUCACUAAAACAUGUGAAAAUGUGCAGACUUUGCUGAAGUGAUUUGAACAGGUAUUAACUGAGAUAUAAUACAGAUAUGACUGUAGCUGAAGUAUUUGUGUCAAUACUUUAUGGAGGACCAAAUGACUCAAAAUCACAUGAUGAAAUAAAUGUUGAAAUAUUGUAAUAAAUGUUGAACUGCAGUUUUCAUGUAUAUUGUGUCAUGUGGUGUCGUUAUGAGGAGCAGGAGUGACACUUACAGAUUUAGAUGCACUAACCCACUGAAAAAUAACAUCAACAAUCAAUUUAAUCAUUCAAACAGAAAUGGACAUUUUUACACGUAUCAAUAAAUACACACAUUUAAAACUGUUUAUUUGAUUCAUGUUUUAAAACGUAGAUUAAUAGAACAAUAAAAAGUACAUUAAUAAAUCAUUUUAAAUCUCUUUUUAUAAAGCAUUUGCCAAUUGCUUUUCUUUAUCCAUUUGUCAAUCGAGUUAAAAAUGCCAUAGGUCAGGACACGUGGAGCAACCAAUCAACUUUCACCUCAGUGUGAAGAGCCAAUCCUCUGUCACUGUGAAUGUAACACACCCUGUCAUUGGACAGUGAGAACAACUAUUCAUUCAUUAAAUAUGAGAGUUGAGACACUCUGACUGAAAGAGUCUGAAACCGUCUACUUCUCUACUAUAUAGUAGG